CCUAUGAAAACAAAAACAUAGAAACAAAAUCAAAAACAAAAAAUAUGACCUCAAAAACAAGAACCUUUACCAUCAAUGUUGCAAUCAUAGUAGCAUUGUUCAGCGCCAAUGUUGUAUUAUCAGAUGACAAUGCUGCAGUCCCUGCUGAAAGAGCCGAAGUAGAUUCAUGGUUCAAUAGCAAUAUAGGUCCAUUAGAACAAAGAAAAAGCACCCUUGACCCUGCAUUGGUAACUGCAGAGGCAAAUGCUACCAUUGUGAAAGUAAAUCAAGAUGGUAGUGGUGAUUUCAAAUCCAUAACUGAUGCCAUUAAUAGCAUUCCAAGUGGGAACACCCAACGUGUGAUUCUGAAUAUUGGUGGUGGAAAUUAUCAGGAGAAAAUUAAAAUUGAAAAGACAAAGCCUUUUAUUACAUUUAUUGGUACACCAAGCAAUAUGCCGAAUUUGACAUAUGGUGGUACUGCACAAGAAUAUGGCACGGUUGAUAGUGCUACACUGAUUGUUGAAUCAGAUUAUUUUGUUGCUUCUAACAUCAUGAUAUCGAAUUCUGCACCAAGACCUGAUGGAAAAAAGUCAGGUGCUCAAGCAGUUGCAAUGAGAAUUACAGGUGACAAAGCAGCAUUUUAUAAUUGCAAGUUUUUGGGGUUCCAGGACACAAUUUGUGAUGACAAGAAUAUACACUUUUUCAAAGAUUGCUUAAUCCAAGGCACAGUGGACUUCAUUUUUGGAAAUGGAAGGUCAUUAUAUUUGAAAAAUGAAUUGAGAGUACUUGGUAACGCUGAAAUGACAGUGAUAGUGGCACAAGCAAGAAAAAGUGAAUCAGAGAAGAGUUUAUACACAUUUGUGCAUUGUGAUGUAACUGGAACUGGAACUGGCACUUACUUAGGAAGAGCAUGGAUGGCUUAUUCCAAAGUUAUCUUUGCUUAUUCAACUUUGAGUAGUGUUCUAAAUCCAUUAGGGUGGAGUAACAACAGGCACCCUGAAUAUGACAAAACUUCAUAUUUUGGAGAGUACAUGAACACAGGACCAGGAGCAGAUACCAAAGGGCGAGCACCUAUCACAAGACAACUUACUGAUGCAGAGGUUAAACCUUUCCUUACGCUUGGAUCGAUUGAAGCUUCUAAAUGGUUGCUUCCUCCUCCAAAAGCCUAAUUAAUUUCUACAUUAAUAUUCUAAUGUGGAUUAUAGAGUUGCCUUGCACCCAAAAUUUAGUGAGUGGUGAAUUUCUAAAAGGAACUUCCAAUUAAAUACUUAUAGUUGUUGUAAUUUAUUUGUUUUAAGAUUUACAUUUUGACAAUUGGUGACGACCUUGUUGUGAUCGUUAAUUAUAAAUAAGUUGUUGUAAAGUUUAUAUUUUUCUAAAAGGCAAAUUUUUGUAUCUUGUACAUGUCAAUAGAUUUUGUCCAUAACAAAAAUUUGGAAACGUGCAAUACGAAGUGAUCAGUUACUAA